GAGUCUCUGUCAUCGCUAGAUGGACAAGUGAUCCCGGUUUACUACCUUCAAGAUGUUCACAGGAAUAAUCCUGAACUUAUUCAACAGUUAUUCACGGAGAUGCCAACACAGGACAAACACCAGCUCAAUGGCAGAGUCUUCUCUACACCAAUAUCUGAGUCCCAGUGUAGGCUUAGACUAAAUGAUGAAAUAAGAGAAGUGCUGAGCAGUGCAGAAUCACAGCAGAAGCCUGCAAGCGAUAAUGAAAGGAUAAAUAAGGGGAAUUUGGAGAAUGAGGAGGAGUGGUUAGAGCAGGUAGAAGAAGCAGCUCGGAGGAUAGCUGUUCCUCUGUGGCAGCACUGGGACAGAGCGCGAGGGAUGAUGCAGCCGCUGGUUCCCUGUAUGACUGCCGGCUGGUCAACAAGCAGCAACAUGAUUUUAGACUGUGAAGCGGAGGCCUUUGUUUUAGAUAUGGAAGAGGAACUGGAGCUUGCAGCCGCUUGCAGGUCACUUGCCGCCCGUGCGGGCACGUUUGAGUGUACGGACUUGGGCAUCACAGACACAAACUCGGCAGAAGAAGAUGGUGACGAACCAGAAGGCCUUCACCUUUCUGACAUUUCGACAACUACAGGACUGAACGCAGGUCAUUUCAGAAAAGCCUCACCUAUUGAAACAAACAUGGGCUGCAAGCUGAGGGGUUGCCUGGACCCCUGGUUCACAGAUGACAGGACAGCAGAUGAGCUGUUCUAUAAAACAGCCUCUGGACUCCCAGAGAGCACGUUUAUGCAUCUUUCUGCAGGUGCACCAAAGGAUGCUAAACAUGCAGUGGAAAUGAAUUCUUUUUACUUAAAUCCAUGUUAUAGCAUGACAGAGGGGGAUACAGACAUUGUCAGGAAUGAUGGACAACCAGAAAUCUUUGAGGAAAAGGAUUUACACGGGGAUGCCAAGAUGCAGACCUUGGACCAGGACACCUUAAACCUCUUAGACUUCAAUCUACCAGAGGAUUUAUCUGAAUACUUGAAUGAAGAUUACUUGGACCCAGCAGUGCUCUUUGAUGAUCUCAGGUUAAGUGCGUUGGAUGAACCCAACCAUCACAAUGUAUCGAGUCCAACAGACGUCCCCAACCCACCAAACUACCACGAGCAGAGAGAAAAGAACAAACUACCAGGCAAACGUAAAACGAGGGAAAAAAGGAAAACAGUUCCUCAUUCUCAGCUAUGUGCUGAGGAAAACCCCACGUUGAAGAGGAAAAAAGCAGCAGAGACUGGUGAUGGACCGGUAUCAGUUCCGGCACAGACCAUGACGGGACUUUGCACCACUCCACCGAAAAUUCUUCACGUAUAUUCCCCGCAGUCGGCGACUCCCAUUCCCAUUCAGUUCAUCACCAUCCCAGACAACUCAGGGUAUCAGCUCGUCCGGCUGGCUUCUCCUCCUCCCGUGAUUAGGCUGUCCAACACGGCUGCUAACCCCACAUACAUACUGGUUCCUGCUACCUCACCACCCUGCCAACGCCAAGUGCCACCACUCUCCCCAGUGGGCGGUGCCGUGGCACCGGUUCUGAUGAGCUCAUCCCCACCAGGUUCUCUGUCAGACUCGGCCAGCAAAGCCAUGUCUACCUUUUGUGCUUCACCUCCUUCUCCUAGUUAUGAGAUUUCCCCAUGCAAGGAAUCCCCACAGUCCCCCACUGUUGUUGACAUUCCACAGGGUGUGAAGGACUACAUUCAGGAAGCGAAAGCCCACGUUUUGCAAGCCUGCCAGCACAUGGAGCCCGGCCUGAGCAUGACUUCGCAUUACAUCGAGGUGCAAGUGAGCCAGAGGGAGAUUCUGCGCUCGGGAAAAACUGCAAACAAAUGUCUGGACAAGGAACUAGUCAUCACCGGAGAUAUAGAUCGGCAAAAAAGUGCACUGAGCCCGAAUCAAAUCUUUCAGUCAAACGGAGACAGAUCUAGACGGUGUAUUUUGUUGCUCGGCAAUGCCGGUAUGGGAAAAACGACUCUUAUCAAGAAGCUGUGUCUUGACUGGUCCAGAGACUGCAGCCAUCAGUUUGACUUUGUCUUUUUGUUGGACGGCAAAGGACUCACGUUAACCGAGCCCGUCCACAGCCUCCAGUCGCUCCUUCUCGACCUCUCCUCCUUGGCCCCGUGCUGCAAGGACCCCGAGGCGGUGUAUGCUCAAAUCCUUGCAGCCCCUAAACGCGUGCUCAUCAUUUUCGACGGGUUUGACGAGCUGCGGGACUAUGAAACUCUUCUCCAGACUCUAGAAAAGGACUUGGUGACGUCAUUGCAGAAAGACAGCAAGGCACAGACCUUCACAGUGCGGCAGUUGUACUCCGCCAUCCUCCAGAGGGUUCUGAUUCCAGGUUGCACUCUUUUGCUCUCCACGCGGCCCCGAGGCACCGCCAACCAGCUGCUGCGGCGUGCAGACAGUCUCCUGGAGGUACGAGGCUUCAGCCCAACCAAUGUUGAGGUUUAUUUGUCGCAGUACUUCACUGAUUCUGCCCUCAGAGCAUCUGCCCUGGACUGCUUAAAAGGCAGCUGCUACUUACACCUCCUCUGUUGGAACCCCGGACUUUGCCGGCUGGUGUGCACGGUUUUAGAACGCUGCAAGAGUCCAGAUCUCCUACCGAGAACUUUAACUGGGCUCUGUCGUCAAGUGCUUUCUUUGAAAAUGGAAAAAGACAGAGGGAGCGCACAGUCGCACGAUGAAAAUCAGGCACAAAUAUCUACGCAAUCUGGACAAGAAACUCCAACAGAAACUGUAAAGGGUUCUCGAGAGAGGAGGUUUUCCACUAGCAAACGGGCAAAGUCCACUUCCUCUUACACCCCAAGACCCAGGAGAGCUAAAGAGCGGGAGAAAGAGGUGGAGAAAGCGGAUGAAAUCUCUGUAGAAGCAGACAGAGCAGAGGACAGAGAGAUCGUGUCCCGACUGAGGUGUUUGGCGUGGGAAGGGGUCAAAGCCAACACCUCCAUCCUUCCAUCGGAACGAGCCGUGUCUGCCAACGUCAAGGCGUUCGGCCUCAGGACGGGGCUCCUGCUCUGUCAGAGCCUGAGGACGAGGCCACUUAACUCCAACGGUGAGCCGGACGGGAGGAGAAAUGAAGACAAAAAUGAAAUGGGAGGACAGGAUGGGGAGCAGAAGGAAAACAGAGGAAAUGUUGACAUUAUUGAUGACGGAGAUAAGCACAUCCUGCUGUGGGCCAACCCUUUUCUUCAAAGCUACAUGGCUGCCCUCCAUUUGUGUUUUUCAAGGACUGUAUCGGACCGUUCCUUCCUCCUAAACCUCCCUUUCCAGACGGGCGGUAAGGGCCGCCGGCGACCUCAGAGGGAGGAGCUGGAGCUCACGCAGCGAUUCGUAGUCGGCCUCCUUUUCCACAGCAGCACAGAUGCUCACGGCAUCCGCUCCCACGCAGAGUCACCCUUCGGGGACACGCUGGCCACCAAGCAGGAUCUGGUAACCAAACACUUGGACGGUCUUUCCUAUGGCAACCUGAGUCCCGCUCAGGUCCUCGAGGCCUGCCAUUGCAUUUAUGAAGCAAGUUUCACACGUGACGAGAGCAGCAGAGACACAGGACUGUUGAGCCGUCUGGCAGCAAAUCUUCCCGAGUCCCUGACGUUUCGUGGCGUUCCCCUCAGCCCGCCAGAUGUUUUCACUGUGCAGAAGGCUCUUGAGCAGGGCGGGGCUGGAGGCAGAAACUUCUGUUUGGAUUUGGAGGACUCCGGGAUACAGAUCUGUGGACUCAGAGCGCUGAUGAGCCUCAACAACAUCAAUACAUACAGGGCAUGUAUCGCUGAUGUCAUCGCCCUCUGGGAGCAGCUGGAGCAGAGCAGCGAAGAGGGGCUCCUACAAGGAGCCGUGUCCAAGUUCAAGAUCCACCCUCUGAAGGUCACGCAGGUGUGCCACAUCGAGCACCUGGAGAAGCUGGUCAACAUACACGUGCACAAGAGGCUGUCGGACAGCUCCAGCCAAUCAGACUCCAUCCUGGCAGAAGGGGUCCCAGCAGUCAAAGAACUACACAAGCUGGAGUUUGAGCUUGGGCCAGAAAACGGUCCCUUGGCACUUCCUAAGCUGUGGGACCUCCUACCAGGGCUGCAUAAUCUACAACACUUGGAUCUGGAGAACAGUAAGAUUGGUGACCAAGGAGCUGAGAAGCUGGCGGAUGCUUUAGUCUCCCUCUGCUCUCUGGAGAUACUAAAUCUGUCACAGAACUGCAUAGGAGACCAGGGAGUGAAGAAACUGGCACUUCCUUUGAAGGACCUGCCCAGGCUGCUCUGUUUAAGUCUGUACAGCAAUGUGAUUUCUGAUGAAGGGGCCGAAUCGUUAGCAGCUGUCCUCCCACACAUGGCCUCUCUCACAGACCUCGAUGUGAAAUACAACAAGUUUACAGAUGUUGGAGCGCAGAGCUUCGGAGACAGUCUGAGAAAGUGUAGAAAAAUCAAGUCCUUGAGGAUGUGGAACCAGUGCAUCCCGUACAGAGUUUUCGAGAGACUUCAGCAGCAGGACGGUCGCAUCCUUUGGCAUUAGAAUAAUGAUAAAAACACUAUCAGGCAAUAAACAUUUCGUCAUGGAUCUCAUGCAUGCAGAUGAAAACUACACACAAAAAUAGAAAAAGGACAUGAGCUACGGAACAAUUAUAAAGAUGAACAAAAAAAUGAAAAAGAGAAAGAUUGCACUACAUGAAUCAAAUGCUGCUUUACUUGUUGAUUGAUCAGAUUCAGAUUUCCAGAUUCUGCUCUUUCAAUGAGGAAUGAACAAAGCUGUUCUGCAGGGUCGUGAAUGUGUCUACGGGGGGCGGUUUAAUGUUUGAUGAAGCUAUUUUUCACUACUGUGUUGGUUGUUUUUAAUGUCGACUGCUCAUAGCUGGAGAAAAUGUAAUUGUGCAGCAUGUGACUUUUUUAUACUAAAGGUAUUUCUAUGCACUUUCUGUAGCUGUGAAUUAAAGAUAGCUGAUAGUGUGUCAGUUUAAUACAAAUAGGGCUGUUUUUUUAAACACAAGCAUUUUCACUUUUCACUUCCUUCCCUCCUGGUUUUUGUUCUCCAUUUUUUUAUACAAACUGACCUUUUAAAUAAAUGUGGUAUGUGUGGCUCUAAAUGGUUUUAAUGUGUUACAGCUGUACCUUGUAGAAACAUUACAAUCCAAUGAUUCCUGAUCAUAUGAGUGAUGUUUAGUUGAUCCUCUUUUUCCUUGUUUUCCGUCUUUGAUUGUUUACAUUCUGGUAAAGAGUCUCUGUAUGAAAUCCCAAUUACAGAUCCAGCCUCAUAAUUUAAAUUAGUCUUUAGUUCAUGUGUGACACCGCCAGAUCAAGCUUGAAUUCUCACAGCUCGAUUCCAGUUUUAUUUCUAAACUGUUUCUCACUGAAAGGCUGGUAUUCAAACAAGAACACCCUGCUGCUGCUUUCUGCUACAACAGCUCCCUCUCGUGGAUGAAAUUUAACAUGACACCAACAGAGAAACGUGAGGAACAUUUAGAGACGAGUCAUUUAAAGUCUGAGGCUGGAAGCUCGUCUUUAAUUAAAUACAUAUCAGAAAAUCAAACUGUGACAAUUCAGAGGUCUUUAGAGGAUGAGUACGUCUGCUAAGAGGAAGAAAAACUGGGAUGAUGAAAGCCUUGGGCCACUGCAAAAACUCAAAAUCUUACCAGGAAUAUUUGUCUUAUUUCUGAUUAAAAUGUCUCAUUUUUAGUCAAAAAAUCUCAUUACACUUAAAACAAGAGUCAUUACCAGAAAAAUAACUUAUUUGACAAUUUUCACUUGUUUCAAGUAAAUUUUCACUUGAAAUAAGUAGAAAAAUCUGCCAGUGGGACAAGAUUUAUCUUCUCAUUACAAGCAAAAAAAUCUUCCACUGGCAGAUUGUUC